AUGGCUGCCCAUGGCCUUGAAUCGCGCUUUGAGCGGAUGUCUGUAAAUGAUGAGAACGAUCCGGGGGAAGGAAAGAAAUACAUGUCCAAGAUCGCAUCUACUACAUCCUCCAGCACACAAUUAUCACAAAAUGCCAAUCGAGCAAACCUUCUCAAGAUGGCCUUGCAAAAUAAGAAUACAGUAAACACAAUCACAACAGUCACAGCUUCAUCACAGGAGCCAGCUUCUCCUUCAAGAAAACCAACUACAUCAUAUCGAGAUUCCGAACAAGUUGCCAGAAUCGAGCGCAAAUCGAACCCUAUGUAUCAAGAGCCAGCUCCAGUAAAACAGUUUCAUCUUGGCAUGUUCGAGAUUGGUCGACCUCUCGGUAAAGGCAAAUUCGGCCGUGUAUAUCUGGCAAGAGAACGUAGUACUGGGUUUGUUUGUGCCUUGAAAGUUUUACACAAAAAUGAGAUACAAAAGGGCAAAGUAGAGAAGCAGGUCCGACGGGAAAUCGAAAUUCAAAGUAAUCUACGGCACCCAAAUAUCCUCCAAUUGUAUGGCCACUUUCAUGACAGCAAGCGAGUCUUCCUAAUUCUAGAAUUUGCUGGCAAAGGAGAACUUUACAAGCACCUUCGUAGAGAGACAAAAUUUCCGGAAUGGAAAGCAGCUCACUACAUUGCGCAAAUGGCUGCCGCUCUGAAGUAUCUCCACAAGAAGCAUGUCAUGCAUCGGGACAUCAAACCAGAAAAUAUUCUGGUCGGUAUCCAUGGGGAGCUCAAAAUCGCAGAUUUUGGCUGGAGUGUCCAUGCCCCUAACGGCAGAAGAAAUACUAUGUGUGGAACUUUAGAUUAUCUUCCACCUGAGAUGUUGCAGAGCAACAGCAACUACUACAACGAGAAGGUUGAUUUGUGGAGUCUGGGUGUGUUGAUGUACGAGUUUUUAGUUGGCGAGGCUCCUUUCGAGGACACUGUAGUCAUGACACACAGGAGGAUAGCAAGGUGCGAAAUGACAAUUCCAGGCUUUGUUUCCUCAGAAGCAAAGGAUCUGAUUAAGAGGCUACUGGUACUUGACCCCGAGAAACGAAUUCCCCUCGAACAGGUUGAGAAGCACCCCUGGAUCAUCAAGCACUGUGUAAAGGGUGAGCGAGCUAGCAUGCGGGAUUCAAAAUCCACUGGUAGCAAGUCUCCACCGGAGAGUAGCAAAACUCCCCUAGAAACCCGUGAGGAAUGA